CUCGCCAAUGCUUAUUUCCGCCCGGUCUGUGCUUAUUUCCGGUUUAACCGCUGUUCCCGGUUUGUUUACUUCUGGUGUGUUUUGUUUAUCCCUCUAUGCCCCCUCCCCCUCUCCCCCUUUAUUGAAUAACUCCAACUAUGAGCAAUAUGGACCCUCGGAAGAUGAGAGUGACUGAGCUUCGGGCUGAGCUCCAGCGGAGGGGCCUGGAGAGCUGCGGCCUGAAGACCGAGCUGUGUGAGCGGCUGCAGGAGGCGUUAGACUCGGAGUUACUGGGGGUCGAGGAGGACGAUGGAGAGGACUGCGCCUAUUCGGCCAUGGGAGGAGGGCAGGAGGAGGACGACGAGAGCGUCUUGGCGCUGGCAGCAGGCGAAGAGGAGGAUGAGGAGACCAUGGAAGUGGAAGGAGAGGAGGACGAGGAUGAGCUGGACCAAGCAGGGGGUGACAAGUCCCCCCAAAACAAACCCCCUCCAUCCUCCAGCCUGCCCCAGACUGCCACCCCUGAAUUGAGGGAUUUGCCCCCUGUGGAGUGUGACACCAGAGACCUGGGGAAUAAAGCAGCUGCAGUAAGUGAAGAACUGAAGGAUUUGCUGUCUGAGAAGGACAUGGAUGAGUCAGAAGAAGCAGCAACUGUGGAUUCCUUGAUUAGAGAAGCUAAGAAAGUUGGAGAAGGAGGAUCUAAUGCUGGGGUCAAGAGACUACAAGAGGAGGAACAAGGUCAGACCUAUCAUGAAUUUAAUGAAGAGGCAUGUUUCAGUCGAAGUAACUCUCCUCUUCCUGCAGAAGAUCCACUUGACAAUGUUGAAGAGUGUGCGGUCUGUUUAGAUAUAUCUUCCUCUGAUCUGCAUUUUCGGAUGGAUAAAGAUCGUUAUGGAGGGCAUCCACUCUUCUUUACCAAAUUCCCCUCAUUGUGGUCUGGGUCUAGAACCAGUCAUGGAGUGACAGCAGGGAAGGUUUACUUUGAAAUAAAGAGAACUCUGAAUCUGCCCUUAAAAGAAGGCUGUACAGAGGUACCCUUGCUACGCGUUGGAUGGUCCAUUGGCUACUCUAGACCUCAAUUCGGAGAGGAUGGCCUGUCCUUUGUUUAUGACAGCCGAGGCCUUAAGGUUACUAAAGCACAUUUCGAAGACUAUGGAGAAAGCUUUGGAGAGAAUGAUGUGAUUGGCUGCUAUGCUGACCUGGAGGGGGAUUCUGUUAAGUUAUCAUUUUCGAAAAAUGGUGUAGACCUUGGCCAGGCCUUUCUUCUAAAAAUGAAAUCUCUUGGAGGGCAGGCACUUUUUCCACAUAUACUAUGCAAAGGCUGUGCCUUCCAAGCCAACUUUGGACAGAGAGAGAAACCUUGGCAUGAGCCAUGUGAUGGGUUUAACUUUCUGCAAGCAUGUCAAGCUAAAAAUCUGAUAAGAGCACAGCUGGCACCUAAAUCUACAGAGGAAUGUGAGGUACUGCUGAUGGUUGGGCUUCCUGGGGCAGGGAAGACCACAUGGGUUCAGAAACACAUAGAAAAGAAUCCUGAUAAGCAUUAUGUGCACCUGUGUAUAGACAGACUGCUGCCACAGUUGAAGACCAUUGGACCUAAUACCCUGGAGAAGAACUCGAAAACUAGAAACGAUCUUAUCAAGAUGGCCACACAGUGUCUGAUCCGUCUGGUGCCAAUUGCAUCACGCAGAGAAGGAAAUUACAUAAUUGAUCAGUGUACUGUAUAUAGAUCUGCGCAAUACAGGAAGAUGAAAUGCUUUGAAGGUUUCAAACGUAAAGCAGUUGUCUUGGUCUCAGAAGAAGAUGAAUGGAAAAGGAGGUUGGAAAUUCGCAAAAGAGAAGGAGAGAUCUAUCCAGAGACUGUCCUCCAGCAGAUGAAAGCUCAUUUCGACCUUCCUAAGAAGUGCGACUGUCUGGAUGAGAUUAUCUGUCCUGAGCUUGGGAUUCAAAAGGCUAUAGCAGUGACUUUGAAAGCCAAGAAAGAAGCUCGUUCUUUACCUGAGAAGAGACAAAAUUGUGCUGUGAAACCACAGUUACAGUCCCUUGUUCCCAAACAGCUCAGAACACGGGCAGGGCUCAGUAAGAGAAUGUACCCAAGGCCACAUUCUUACCAUAGGCCCCCUAUGAUCAUGCCGCACUGGAGGCCGCAAGUUCGAGAUUUUCAGAAUUACUAUGAUCCAUACCAACCUCAGCAGAAUAGACAGAAUAGAUACUUUGGACCUCAAAACCAUGGCCUUCAAAACCAUGGUCCACAAAACAGAGGGCACUGGCAGAAUUCCAAUAACCGGACUCAGAAUUGGAACUACUAUGGAUAUCCAUGAAAGUCACAAGCUCCUGAUGGGGAAUAUAAGUGAAGGAUUGUUUAUAUAUUUUUUAGCUUUACUGUGGGAAAAUAAAUCAUGAGAAAUGCAGAUGGUUUCAAGGAAUAAAAUAAUAUAUAAAAAUGUAGGCGUCUUUUUGUAAAGGACUCCAAGCACUACAGCCCGCUACAGUGGUUCUGAUUCCAGGCAUACCCUGGUGCCAUCCCAUGUUAAGAUCUGAACUUGUGCUGAAAUGGUUUCACAAGUUAACUGGGUCCUGCUUAGUGCUGCUGCCUCAUUUGGUUUACUCCAGUAGCAGACGACGGUUGCUUUGUUGAGCAAAGCAGGACCACUCUGAGAGCAUGAACUGAACACUAUCAGCCAAAAUACAGUCCUGCAAAAGCCAUGCUUACUCAACAGAGACAUUUGGUGUCUCCUGCUGGAAAAGACUAGAUGCGACAGAUAAGGUGUGGGACCCAGGUAAGUUUUGAAGCCGUGAUAAAAUAGUUUGAUUUCUUAUUAUGCAACGGUGUCAUGCCACUAAAACACUACAGCGGCCUCUAGUGGUCAUGGUGCAUGGAGUGCUCUUUUAAUAUGUAUGUGAACAUCAGGCAUACAAAUCUGUUGGUGUUUAUUCACUAAACAGAAUUAUUGUGAUAGUCAGAACUUGAUGAACUUGAGUGUUUGUUUUUACCCCACUCUAUACUUCUGUGUAAAUACAUAUAUGUUGAUUUGAAAUCCAGAUUGGCUAUUUUAGCCCAGAUAUUGCAAUCUGGGAAAUAAUUCCAAAUCAACACCAUCUUGCCUAACUUUUGUCAUUUUGCAAAAUUCACUACAAAUGAAUUGUUUAUCAAAUAAGCCCCUUUGGUGUCUGAGGUAUGUAAUUUGGCAGAAUGGCAUCUUUUUAUAGGCAAGAUUCAGGUGUGCAAGUUGUUACAUAUAUUGACUGAUUACAAUUUCCGAUCUUGUCCUUUCUGCUGCCCUUGAGAGCACUUGUAGUUUUCUAAAUUAUCACUUGCUCCAUCUUGUGCUUUUUGCUCAUCCUUCUACUGGAGUUAUUGCCUUUUUUCCCUUCUCUACCUUUUUUUAUUAUGUAUUAUGUGUAUUUUUGUUUUAUGGGAGAGGUGGGGUAAUGUUUUAUUUAAAAAAAACAAAACACUGUUACAUGCUUUUGUUGUCCACUUCCUUUUAUUACGAACAUUAAAUAUCUUUUUACAUCAGUGA